AUGGCUGCGUUCAAUUCAGCUGCGUAUGAUUAUCUUAUUAAGCUUUUAUUAAUUGGAGAUGCAGGCGUUGGCAAAUCAUGUUUAUUGCUUCGUUUCGCAGAUGACUCUUUUACGCCUUCUUGUAAAACUACAAUUGGAAUCGAAUUUAAAAUUAGAACGAUUGUAUUAGAUGGAAAAAGACUCAAGCUUCAAAUAUGGGAUACUGCAGGCCUGGAGCGUUUUCGCACUAUAAUAACAGCAUAUUUUCCUAGUGCAAUGGGUAUUCUAUUGGUAUAUGAUGUCACUGACGAAAGAUCUUUUAAUAGUAUCCUUUUUUUUAGUGAUACUUUAAAAAAGCAGCACAGUAGUGAAGGAGUCAAUAUUAUCCUUGUCGGGAAUAGACGUGAUUGUGUUGAAAAAAAGGUAAUCACUAAAGAACAAGGUCGAGCACUUGCAAAUGAGUUCAACGUCAAAUUUCUGGAAACUAGUGCCAAGGCUAACAUCAACGUUGAAGAGGCAUUCUUUACUUUGGCCAGGUUU